CGACCAAUUUGAGACAUUGCCUAUUUAACCGUCUUCUAUUUCUUUCCUGCUGAACUAAAGAGGUAGAAACUUUGUUAAGUUGUGUAAGAGAUGUAAUAAUUAGUUUUAGAUAAUUGUUAAAAAGGAAAAAAAAGGUAGCAAACAAGGAAGAGAGAGUCGGUGACAAGCAAGCAACAGUUGUUGAAGAAUCAGGCGCAUAUAUAUAAUGAAGAGAGAAGAAGGGUCAUGGUCGUCGUCUUCGGUUAGAAGGGAAAGGGAGAUGCGGGCUGUGGUUUCAGCUUUGACUCAUGUGGUAGCUGGUGAGGAGCUUGUAGCAGAUAAUGAAAACUUAGAUGGUUUUGGUUCUUGUAUUGGUGAUAACGAUGCUGCUUCCACAUGGAGACGUAGUCGGCAAAAGAGAGGAAGGGAACAACUAGAAGAAAAAGAAAAAGAAGGCAGUAGCAGUGGCAGUGGCAGCAGAGGAGGGAAUUUCCGACGUCGAGGAGGAGGAUACUCAAGUUCUGCUGCUGUACAGGAUACUGGGGCAGAGGCAAACACCAGAGCACAAUUGGCUCCAACAUACGAAUACAAGAGCAAUGAGAAGUACAAAGAAGAGGCAGGGAGAAGAUAUAGGGGAGUGAGAAGGCGGCCAUGGGGCAAAUGGGCAGCCGAAAUAAGGGACCCUUUCAAAGCUGCUAGGGUUUGGUUAGGCACCUUCCACACAGCUGAGGCUGCUGCUAUGGCCUACGAUGAAGCAGCCCUUGGUUUCAGAGGCAACAAAGCCAAGCUCAACUUCCCUGAAAAUGUCAAACUCCGAUCACCUCCUUCCAAUCUAACCACAACCCUGUUGCCCGUUUUCGAUUCCCCCAACACCCUUUUGUCCAUCCCGACAAUUCUUCACUCCCAAUGUCAUGAUACCUUGGUCCAAAACCCUCAAGUUUCAUCAACUUCAAUCGGUUCUCAUGCACAGUCUUGUUCUUCACCAUCGACUUCUGUUUUCCCGAUUCAAGGUGGCGGUUUCGGAGAUUUUUAAUUUCACUUACGGAUUAAGAAAACGUCUUUGUUAAUUACAACGAUGGAGAUUAUUGUUUUCUGAGGAGUGACAUUUUCUAUUAUACACUCUGUUUUUCCUUUUGGAA